AUGGGGUCUGUACCACGCCCUAAGCAUACUUGGCGUCCUCAAGUCCAUGUAAGCCCACCAGCUUCACACCACCCAAGGUCACCCAGCAUUGAUCGUGAAUACAUUGAAAGGGCUGAAGCACCGGUAUACAUCAAAGUUUACAGUCCUACCACUGAGUGCUGGGAGAAAUUUAGUGUUGAUUGCCUGAAGGCAUCGGACCCCUUUGAUCGCGAUAUUAUAAAAUCUCUGCUUGCCUGUAGAAUGGACUCACCCGGCAAACAUCCCCCUCCCUGGGUCAAUCGCACGGACGGGUCGUCACAAAUUGCCCACAUGUGGUACUCCAGUGAUUUAAACAUUCAGCCUUAUUUUCGUGAGAGGAGUGUCCUGGUGACUGGGGUGCCCACCGACAGGCGCAAUUGGGGAUGGAACGCCUGCACCGCAUGGGAGCUGGGGGACUUGGAUACGGAGAUUCCUGUGCACGAGCCCGUACGGCGUGUAACUGAUGCCACCCCUGAUUCUGUGUUGCCGACCGUGGAGAUCUCUUCUACCCUUCGAAUGGUCCUCUGA